AGAAGAUUCGGGCAUAGCUGUAUUGGUCGAACGGGGAUUGCAACUCCUCCCUGUGAUGGGUACCUGUGAGAGGCCGUUGCCGCUUCUCAUCUUCGGAUGUGAAGCUCAUACUGACGAGGAAAGACGUCGCAUUCUGGAUCUAGUUUCCAAUACGGAAAAGACUCUUCCUGAUCGCGAGCUUCACUCUGUGAAGAAGUUGCUCCAUGCACUAUGGACACAAGAUGAUCUUCACACUGACAGUAUUCUCAAGCCGACUUACAUAGAGAAACUAUCGACUGUUUUCAGUGCCAGCGAGUUGCUUCCACAUUUCGCUUAGCUAGGCCUGAGUUGUGCUAGCAGCGUUCGGAAACCCGGUAUUAGAAGAAGGACAGGGACAAUCUCUCAAAUUCUCGAGUAUUCAACGCCAGUAAUUUCAGCAUAUGAACCUCAUCUUUGGCACAACGGGCCAGAAGACGUUGUAUCGCGGCCUUUCCACCCAACACUGUGGGACUAGUCAUAGGCAAGGCGUACUUUCGCCUGCAGACUGACCCGUUGCCGGGGCAGUUCUAUGCCCCCCCGCAAAAGAGCGCUGCACUGGACUAGCACCUAGAAGCUGAAUACAUACAUCCGACAAUCCCGUGCCAAAGAAGAAGUCUACAGAUACGAGAAUUCCACAUUCUCUAGACUGCAUGUACUGCCCAACCAUCAAAUCACGACCAAUGAAGACGUCGACUCGAAAACUCUGCCAAGCUGACAAGAAACCUUCCCCGCAAUCUCACCAAACCUUCAAGCAGCUCAUGCACCAAGAUG